AUGAAAGCAAAAGUGGAAAUAUUCAAAAUUCUCUCAAUGUUUUGUGCAUUGUUUUUGCAACAAGUCUCGGCGGAUUGUUGGAAGACUGGUAAGUUUAACCGAAAUUAUUGAUCCCUAAAAUGUUUUUGUUUGCAGACCCAUCGACGUGUGGCUGUAAAUAUCAUUUCGAAUGUCCAUUCAACUAUUGGUGUGAUUCUGGGACCACUAAAUGUGUACCAUCAUCUAGAGUAAGCAGUCCUUGCGGAGAUCAAAGAACAAUCAAGACCCGAUGUCAACCCCAACAAAUCGGAACUUCCGCGUUUUUUUGUAAGGGCGAACAUUGUAAUAGUGAACCAAAUCGAGGUGAUCGCAAAAUUCGAUAUUGUUUUGAUGGUGUUACACCGUGGGAAAAUGAGCCACCGUGUACAGCCGUUGAUAAUAUUCGAUUUGUAUGUGAAACUUAUGUAGAAGAUCGCAGAACUCGUGGAACAUGUCGAUUUGGACAUUGUUGUCCGAAAAGUGAGUAUUAUAUCGAACGACCAUGCUGAUCACUAUGUUUUUUAAGCAAAUUAGUUGAAAUAUUGGAUUUUGAUGUUAUUCAUAGGAUAGAAUGGUCUAAGACCAACAGAAUGAUAUAAAUUUUGAUGACUUUACUUUAUCCAUACGUGAAUUAGGGAAUGAAUUAGCGACUCGGCUCGUGAGCCGCUUCAAGCCGCUCAAUGACGAGCGGCUGGAGGGGUAUAUUCACCAGUUAUCGAAACAUUUAUUCGAUUCUCAUUGAUCGGCUAUUCAACUCUUUUGAAAAGAGUCUUUUCUCAAACGCUUUCUUUGAAUAUUACUCGAAUGAUGCCCACUAAAUGAAUUUCAAUCAAUUUGAGACUGAAAUCAUGAUUUUUGUUGAAAAAAUUCAACAAAAACCGAAAUUUUGAUUUUUGUUGAAAAAAUUCAACAAAAAACCGAAAUUUUUUUCUUAUACCCGCUAGUUAUGGUUUUUAAAACUUCUGAAAUUUGCGAAACAUAAUAAAAUAAAAUUAUAGCGACAUCAAACUUCUUAAAAAUAUUUCUGGAAAAAAAAACUGAAUUAUUUUAUUAUCGAAUAAAUUUGAAUUGUUUUUUCAGAACCAUUUUUACCCGGGUACCCGAGUCCACAUGGUUUGGAUUUGAGUUGGAUUUGGGUUGAAUUGGUUCGGGUGGGUAUUUUUGAUUCUCGAAUGAGUUUGGGUCUUACCCGAGUCUGAUCCAUUGAGUCUGGGUCUGGGUUGGUUCUCCAAAAAUGGGUUUGGUUAUGGGUGGAUCUGGUUCGAGUCGGGUUUGGGUCGAGUCUGAACCAGAACUGUUUUUCCGGGUUCGGUUCUGGGUAGUUCAUCCAUUUUUUUGUUCUGGAUCUGGGUCCAACCCACUCGAACCAGACCCGAUCUGCCCCGAGAACCGACCCAGUUCGGAACCCUGUUCCAGGGUGGAAAAUCAACAUUUUUUUUCAAUUAACUAAAAAGCUGAUAGGUUUUCGAAUGUGGUGAACAACCUUAUUCAAGUUCAAAAUGAUUUUCUACCUUAGUGAAAAUAGGCUCUUUCGAGCUUUAGAAAAGUUCUCACAGGGUAAUUUUUGACUUCAGCAUUGUGAUCAACAUGGUCGAUUUGGUAUAUUUCAUCAAAUCUUUGAUAGAUAGGCUAUCUAAGAUAGCCAAAAAAGGGCGUAGAAUAAAUGAAACAAACAUAAGUUCGUCAGUCGCGUGCGGCUAUGCGUCGCGGUCCCAUUGAUUGUUGUCUCGACCGCGACGCACAGCCGCACGAAACUGACGACCUAAUGUUUCUUUCUAUGCUUUUCCCUUAUGAGUAGCAUUUCAGGACGUGUACACUUGAAAAAGCCGAUCUUAUCUGAACACAGCUAUCUAACCAACAUCGACUGUGAUUAUUCUCUUCCACUUCAACCCAUCUAUCAAUACGCAUUCUGCGAAAAACCCGCCGAUCCUGCCACUCAAUCCGGUAAAAUUUGGCUUCUCGGCCAAAAAGCGCUGGACACUGGCGAGAUUUCGAGCGAAACACCGCACAUUUGCCGAAUUUCCUCCGAUUGUCCGAUGGAGCGCGUUUGUGUGAAUUUGAUGCACGGUGUGCGAAUUUGUAUGUUUGAUACGGAUCAUGAGAUGAAUCCGGUGAAUGGGAAGAUCAAGUUUUAUGAUUUGAGCAAGAUUCAGGAUUGA